AUGGAUUACACAACCCUAGACCUCACCCUUGUCUCCGCAAAGGGACUAACCAAGGCCGGCAAAUUGAGUGUUUACGCCGUUGCAUCCAUCUCCGACUCUCGCACAGUGUUCAGCAAGGUUCAAAAGUUCAAAACCCCGUUUCACAAAGAUGGUGGUUUGGACCCCACGUGGAAUUUCCCCAUGAAGUUCACCCUUAACAAAGCCGCGGGCCCCACGACGCUCGUCGUAAAGAUCAAGGGUGCCAGAAUGUUGGUUGAUAAGAAUUUGGGUGAAGUUCGUGUUCCUAUCAAAGAGCUUCUUGUAGGCGAAGGGAAAACGAUGCAGAUUGUGAGUUAUCAUAUGAUAGGACGGGAUGGUGAAGUGAAAGGUGUUGUAAGUUUUUCCUAUAAAUUUGGGGAAAAAACUUUCGGUGGUUAUUCGAGUGGAAAGGGUGUUAGAUCCGGGUAUCAACCGCAGGCAGUGCAGGGAGCGGGUGGACAUUCUAGCAGUGAUGUUGCUAACAGCGCUGGCUGCGGUGGUGUGAGACGUGCAAAGUCUUUUCCCACGUUCUCCAAGCGUGUCUUUAGAAGUCGCGUCCUUGCACCUUUAGUUCGUUGA